CUGACGAGAGACAUUGUUGACAAGGAUUACGAUUGACUCUGAUAAGACAUUUGCAGAGGAAGUUAACAUUCGGGGGCCAUGGUCGCAAGCUGGUUCAGUCCGUCGGAACGCCAACUACGCUGUGUGCAAUUCGAUGAAAAGAUUGAGGGCCAUUUCGACGCUAUCCGACAACCUCGCACUGAACGCAACGCACUGUCGCCUAUCUGCUGUCUCCCGCCAGAGGUCCUGGCGGAGAUAUUUACCUAUGCCACCCCUACGAUCCACCACACGCAUCGAGAUCUGCUCACCAUCACGCACGUCUGUCACCACUGGCGCGAGGUAGCACUCGCAUACCCUAACCUCUGGUCAAAUAUCGACAUGGAUAGAAGGAAUCCGGCCCGUAUUCGCGCUUUGAUGCUGGAGAGGGCGAAGAAUGCACCGUUGGCCCUUGAACUGUCGAAUAACAUGUACGACAAACUUCAGCCGGCCAUUUUCGAGGAGCUUUCCCAGCACAUUCAUCACACGCGCUCUUCAUCUUUAAAUAUCCUCGGUUUACAAACACUCGACAUUGCCACAGCUGUCUACCAUCUCGUCCUUGAUGCUCCCAUUCUCAAGCACCUCCAAUUCUGGCUUCAUGGAUCACCAGAUACGCACACUUCAGUCCUUCUUCCUGAGGACUUCCUGGGAAAUACACCUAGAUUGCGCAGCAUGGAUCUUCUGGGGGUGGUUCCGCCUUGGCACUCAUCUGUCUUCCGAGGCCUCACCCGUCUGGGGCUUUGGAGCUUGUACGAUCUAUCACCUACUGCUGAGGAGCUCUGGGCUAUCCUGAGAGGGUCACCUGCCCUCGAAGAAAUCCGCCAAUUUCAUGGAACAUCGACGCCAAAAAUCUUUGCCUCCUACGUGCACUUUUUCACGAACGUCCGCGUCCCUUCUCACGCUCACUUUCACUUGGGCAUCAACAUUCUCGAGGAAGGUUUGCCAAACAGCCUUACCAUAUUCCCAUCCACAUUCCUCACUUCCAUUCGUGAGGACACAGAGCCCACGUACUCCAUAUCCGUCUUCUUCGGGGGUCCAAGGGGCAUUCUCAGUAUAUAUCAAGACAAUGGUCAGUUUCAGUUUCCUUAUGCUUGCAACCACCAUUCGGACCUCGCCUGUGGGAAACGAAUCACCGCUACCAUUGGCGGCCCUGUCAACCAUUUCCACUUUCUCUGCCAUGAUCCGCCUCUCACGUCUAUUCAUACACUCAAAAUAACCGUGCAUGAACACCCAGACGACGUGCCGUGGGGCGCCAUAUUUGAAACCCUGCCACAGCUUCAGUUUCUCAACGUGGAGGUCAACAGGUCGAUGUAUCUGUCGUUGACGAGCGCCCUCAUGCCUCAGGCCGAGCAUGUCCCUGCCCCCAGAUUGAUUGAUAUGCGCCUAUCAUCGUUGGCGCCUUCGGAGGCUCUCCCCCAUGGUGACAUCCAGCGUCUGAUUGAUACUUUGGAAAGACGUUCACAAGCUGGGUACCACAUCGAUAGGCUCACUUGUGAGGACAUCCCAGUAGACCCUGCAGAGCUUGAACAGCUGGAACGGUUGGCUCGGAAUGUGAGUUUGAGAAAGAGAACGCCGCUAUCAGAGAGUUCAACGCGUGGUGAAGAGCAAGACGAGAGUACUGGGGAGGAUGAAGAGAGUGGCGGAGAGGACGACGAGGAUAGCCAAUGGGAUGAAGAAAGCGACGAGGAGGAUGACGAUAUGAGCGAAGAGGAUGAUGAGUAG